ACAAAACAUUUGAACAAACAUUUUCUCCGCCGCGAAGCAAUUCAACUUCAUUUCUCGCGGUGCAUGUUGCUUGGGAAUUUUGAGGUACUAGUCCUAAUAUCAAACCUGUCUUUUUCACCUACACCACCGAGGUGAACUCACACCACGUUCUCACCUAACCACCACAUUCCUCACCCACCACCCUUUGACAUGAAGCUCCCCAGAGCCGCUCUGCGGCAAUGUUCCCGACACUUGCGCCCUCAAAAUAACAGGCCUCUCCAACCACGUCUCCAAUCCGCCAAGUCCAUCAUCCCCGCAUCAUCCUCACUCUCAACACCAUGGCAUCCAUCCCGGACCUACGCAACGACGACAACGACCGUCUCAGCCGCCGACCUCGAAUUCGGCCAACCCGUCUACGAAACGCACCCCCACAUGCUGCAACCGGGUGAACUAACCCCCGGCAUCACGGCGCAAGAGUACCACGAACGUCGCUCCAAGCUGGCCUUCGCCUUGCCCGAAAACGGCAUCGCCAUCCUCGCCUCUUCGGAGCUCAAAUACCGCUCCGGCGCCGUCUUCUUCCCCUUCCGACAAGACUCCAAUUUCCUGUAUCUCACCGGCUUCUCCGAGCCCGACUCGCUGGCCAUCAUCCAAAAGACGGGUCCCAAACCAGGCGACUACGUCUUCCACCUCUUCUGCCGGCCCAAGGACCCUCGCGCCGAGCAAUGGUCCGGCCCUUGGUCCGGUCUGCAAGCAGCGGAGGAUGUCUUCAACGCCGAUUUCACGGGGGACAUCGCCAAGGUUGAGACUUUGUUGCCCCCCAUCCUGCGCGGCGCGAGCAAAGUUUACAGCGACAUCACGCCCUCCACUCCCGUCACGGGCUCCCUCAUCACCACCCUCCUCUCGCAUUUACACCUGCCCCCUGCUCCCCUAGCCGGCCUCGUCCACUCCCUUCGAGCCAUCAAAUCCCCCGCCGAAAUCUCCAACAUGCGACACGCCGGCCGCGUCUCCGGGCGAGCCAUCACAUCCGCCAUGCGCCGCUCCUGGUCUUCAGAAAAAGACCUGGAAUCCUACCUCAACUACGCCUUCACCUCGCACGGGCUUUCGGGACCCGCAUACGUCCCCGUCGUCGCGGGCGGCGCAAGAGGCAACAUGAUCCAUUACGUGCACAACACCCGCUUGCUUAAACAAGACGAGAUGGUCCUGGUCGACGCAGGCGGCGAGUACGGGACUUAUAUCACGGACAUCACGCGCACGUGGCCCGUCAACGGCAAGUUCAGUCCCGCGCAGCGGGACCUUUACGAAGCCGUUUUGACGGUGCAGCGAUCCAUGGUCUCCCUCUGUCGCGAAAACGUUUCCCUCUCACUGGACCAGAUCCACCGCGCCACCGAAGCCGGGCUGCGCGAACAGUUGACACUCCUCGGGUUCGACCUCUCAGGAGGAGGCAAGAUGGAUGUGUUAUUCCCCCACCACGUCGGCCAUUACGUCGGGCUGGAUGUGCAUGACACGCCCGGUUACUCGCGGGGUUUGACGCUGAGGCAAGGGCACGUGGUGACGAUUGAGCCGGGGGUGUAUGUACCCGUGGACGAUGAGCGGUUUCCGGAGCAUUUCAGGGGACUGGCGGUGCGGAUUGAGGAUAGUGUGGUGGUGGAUGUGGAGAGCCCGUUGAUUUUGACGACGGAGGCGGUUAAGGAGGUGGUGGAUAUUGAGGCUUUGAGGGAGUGAGUUGAGUUCAGUUUACGAACGGUUAUUGAUAAGGGGGGGGGGUGGUUAUAUGUGUUGUAUAUUGUGUAUAUCGCGUACUUAUUGUAUUGUAUGUGAAUACCCACCCACCCACUCUGGAAGAAACUAUGGCCGAAUUGAACGGUGAUUGUCCGUCCGUCCAGACGUUAUUCUGUUGUCUACUUCGGUCAUACUCGGUCGGGGGCUUUGGUGUGUGU